UUUCACGGUCACCGUGCAAUGGCUGAGUCCACAGGAAGCGGAAGAGAGACCGGAAGUUGGCGCUAAUCAGAGACUGUGCGACCCUGUAAGCUCCAAGGGGUCCCCCCCAGUACAAACAUAGGGGCAGCAACGGGGACCCCUCCCCGAACAAGACACAGGAGCCUUCAAGAUGUCUGAGAAUCAAGGGAAUAUUCCUGUUAAUAACACCAAUGGAAACCGGGUUCGGACCCCUAAUCUUAACCAGAACCCCCUGAUCAAUGUGCGGGAUCGCCUCUUCCACGCGCUCUUCUUUAAGAUGGCAGUCACCUAUGCCCGUCUCUUCCCACCCUCGUUCCGCAGAAUUUUUGAGUUCUUUGUCCUUCUUAAGGCUCUUUUGGUGCUAUUUAUUCUUGCAUACAUCCACAUUGCAUUUUCCCGUUCUCCUAUCAACUGCUUGGAGCAUGUCCGUGAUAAAUGGCCCAGAGAUGGCAUCUUGCGGGUGGAGAUCCAGCUGAACUCAAGCCGAGCUCCUAUCUUUCUGCAGUUCUAUGACAGCGACACUUUUCCUGGACUAGUGAAAGAACCCCUGGGGGAGGAAGAUGGAGAAGAUGAGGAGGAGGAGAUGAGUGUGGAUAUGUACCACAAUAGCUCCAUCAAGUUCGAGCUGGACAUUGAGCCCAAGGUGUUUUUGAAGCCAUCACUAGAGAGGGUGACGCAGGCCUCAGAUAAUCAGAGUCAGGGGCUGUCUUUCAGCGAUGCUGCUAGUAAAGUGUGGCCACAAGAAGAGUACAUAGUCGAAUAUUCACUUGAAUAUGGAUUUCUCAGGCUAUCUCAGAGCACACGGCAGAGACUCAACAUACCUGUGAUGGUGGUGACACUUGACCCAACCCGUGACUUGUGCUUUGGAGACAGAUUUAGUCGUUUUCUACUGGAUGAAUUUCUGGGAUAUGAUGAUAUUCUCAUGUCAAGUGUCAAGGCUCUGGCAGAAAACGAGGAGAACAAAGGGUUCCUAAGAAAUGUUGUUUCGGGGGAGCAUUAUAGAUUUGUCAGUAUGUGGAUGGCUCGCACCUCAUACCUCGCUGCCUUUGUGAUCAUGGUUAUUUUCACUCUCUCGGUGUCCAUGCUCCUGAGGUAUUCUCACCAUCAGAUCUUUGUUUUCAUUGUGGAUUUGCUGCAGAUGUUGGAGAUGAAUAUGAGUAUUGCUUUUCCUGCUGCCCCGCUGCUCACUGUGAUCCUGGCACUUGUAGGAAUGGAAGCCAUUAUGUCAGAGUUUUUCAAUGAUACGACUACUGCCUUCUACAUCAUCCUCAUAGUUUGGCUUGCUGAUCAGUAUGAUGCCAUCUGCUGCCACACAAACACCAGCAAGAGACACUGGCUAAGAUUCUUCUACCUUUAUCACUUUGCAUUCUAUGCCUAUCACUACCGCUUCAAUGGUCAGUACAGCAGCCUGGCUCUGGUAACAUCCUGGCUCUUCAUCCAGCACUCUAUGAUCUAUUUUUUCCAUCACUAUGAACUUCCCGCCAUACUUCAGCAGAUCCGCAUCCAGGAAAUGCUCCUUCAAAAUCAGCAGGCUGGUCAGAAUCAAACCAGCCUUCAGGACAACCUGAACAACAACACUACAUCUGAGCCAUCCAUUGUAACGCCUCCCCCUGCCCCCAGUUUUACUCUCCAGCCUCCGGCCUCUAGUUUAGUUGCUGCAGGUGUUGUGUCAACUGAUACUCCUUCAAGUGGCGGUGUGGCUACAGCACAACCCGUAGAAGAUGUUAUAGAGCUUCUGUCUGAGGAGCCGAUUCAGGAUACGGCUAGGAGCCAACCUCUUGAAGCUGGUACUACAGAAGUGACGCAGACUGGUGACCCGCCUCCUAUUCUGCCAACUGCUACACCUGAUAACAUUCCCAAAAAACUGACUGAACCCCAAGUGCAAGUAGCCACAGACUGUAAUCCAGUAAGAUUUUCAGUUACCAGCACUGAUCGAGAGCAGAACAAUCUGUCAUCCUCUAUGUCGUCAGGGCUGCUCUCAGAAGCUAGUGCGCCACAGCCGAGUGCAGAGGCUGAGCAGGGGUCUGAAUUGUGAGCGGAAUCUCGGAUUCACACCGACUGCCCUUAGCGCGCUGUGUACAGGAGAAAUGCAUUUCUCCUAAGGAGGAGCUGUCUGGACCAUUUAUCUCUUUGCAACUGGAGUGACUGGUCUGCAGCGCACAAAACCAGAUUCUAAAAAAAUUGCGCAAUGCGUGAGAUGCGUUCACGCACAAGGACUGACUGCAAUCGCUUUUCUUUCAUUAUUCAAUAAAAUGCGGCUUAACGGCCUAGGAAAACGUAACGUAAAUGGGUAACGGGGCUGCCGGUCUCUGACACACACAGUUUGUGGGCAUAUAUGUUGUGUUCACGAUUUGUAUGCACUGACAUGCACGCUGGUGUCUCCACGGGUCGAUGCAACGUGGUUCCUGUUGAGUUUUAACAGCCAUAUUUCAGAUUGAUAGGUUUCCAGAGGCUUUAUUACAGAGGCCCUAGGGGCAAUAUAGCGUUUCAUAAUUUCACUCCACAACCACUGGACCAAGGAUGAGUGAACUUAUGAUUUCUUUAAAAAAAAAAAUGUCCACAGAUAUUUUCUCUCUACUUUUUUGUUCUACUUUCACCCUGUGUGACCAGUGCUUACUUUAUUCUGAAAGCUAUGGAAUGUAAGUGCAUAAGCUGGGACAGAGGUGUUUGUGGAGGUGCCCUGGUUGUGGCAGAAGGAUAACAUGUGUGCCUUUCCACCUAUGACUGAAGAAAGAAGCUGCUCACGAAUGUGUAAAACCUGUUUUGCUAUUACAUUGCACUUUUUUGUAAGUAGAAGUAUGAAGGCUAUAUACAGAUAAAGAUGACGUACAUAUAUAUGUGUGUUUUAUGUUUGCAUAUGCACUUACAUAUAUAGGACAGAAAUAAGUGGCCAACAAGAUGUAUUCCCGAAGCUGCACUCGUGAAUAAAAUUGGAUCAGCACUUCCGUCAUGGAGUCUGGUCUGAAAUGUAAUGAUUGUUCCUCAAAAAACACCAAGUGCUGUUCAACAUAAUUACUUUAUAUAUCCUUAGAAUUAUCUGAUGCUGAACGUUAAAUUUCCUAGAUAGAUUUAAAAGAUAGCUUGCUGGUUGCCUGUUAAUGGUUACACUGUAUGCAGGAAGCUCACAUGCUCCCUCUAGUGGUAGCUGCUGGCAGCCAUCAUUUUAUCCUUUUUAAAUAUAUAUCUUCAUAAGCUCUGUUAUCAGGCUACAUUAAGAAAUAAGCAACAGAAGUUUGAACCUCUUAAAGGAUAUGGUGUUAAAAAGUCGACAUUCCCUUUAAAGCCAUUUGUAAAUUAUACCUUUUUUUUGUCCUAUAUCAAUGUGUUUCUUUAAAAAGGAUUUAACACCAUUUUAUAUUUGUAUGGCUUCAGUUUUGUAGUUUUCUUUUUUUGUUUGCACCUUCUGUUUGUUUUUUUUUUUUUUUUUUUUUUUUUGCUUUAACUUGUCUGGCAAUAUUCUUGUUAUUUUUACAGGACGAGUGUCAGCUGAAAUUAUAUCCUUAUACAGUCCAGGUGGAUGGACACAGUCUGCAGUCUACCACUUAAAGUGCCAAUAUAUAUAUUUUUUUAACACAUUUUUUAUAAAAAUAUAAAAUGGUGAUUUCCUUUUUAAAGGAAGAUUACUGUUGGAAUACAAGCUUCAGAAUUUUAACUAAUUUGCCUUAUUAUGCAUCUUUAGUGUUUCUCCCGUUCCAAUUAAAGGAUAAAUAACGUUUCAGAAAACUUCUGAUAUUUCAUAGAGACACUAGUAAUUUUGAUCAGGUGGGAGUCUGAGCCCUGAGACCCCCACUGACCACUAGAAGCCGGGUAGACAAACACUCGCAUAUUGUGCACACUCUUAUUGCCGCAGGAGAGCAAGUGAGACACACUCAAUAGAAAGUCUGUGGGCCCAUUUCUAUUCUGUUUCCUAAUUCUAGCGAACAGUGGGGGUCUUAGAACUCAGACCCCCACCAAUCAAAACCUUUUAGCAUGUGCCUGUCAAAAGUUUUCUAAAAGCUCAGGACUCGGGCUAAUUGAUUUAACAUUACUGAAUUCUUUAUUCUUCUGUAUGUUAUAUCCAGGCUUUGUCGCAUGUCCAUGAUUUGUGAUCUAUGGAGGCUUCAUUUCUAUACAACAAUGGCACCAGCACUUACCAUUGCUUUGUGUUGUAGCAGAGUCUCCAGUAUAUAGCAAUACAUUGAAGUUUUAGUCAAAUAAAGUCCUGCCCCAUUUUACCUUUUUACGGGUAGUCCAAAGGCAUCCGAGAAGCCACUUCUUUGGAACAUGACUGGUAUAUGGUAGAAAGCAGCCUUUCAAAUGUGUCAGUCCCUGAGAAGUAUAUGAAGGGUAUUUUCUCUGGUAGGAGAAUUGUUUAAUGGCUCUACACUAAAAUGACAUUGAUAUACGUAAUACAGCGUUCCAGAUUCCUUCUCCCUUAGAAACGUGCCGAUGAGUAUUUGCCAGGAAGUCUAUUUAAGCUCUUAGAAUUUUGCAUUGCUGCCUGUUCGAAUUAUUAUUAUGCAAAAGUGGCUUCCGGACGAAUCUAGCUUCUCGGGGUUGAGUUUUGGCCACCAUCAUGAUACAACAUGUCAGCACUACAUGUGCAUGUACAUUUAACAAAGUUUUCCCUGCAGUGAUUGUGGCGGCAUUUGAUUUGAAGUGGACAUAUCUGUUUGGCAAAAUAAUUUAUUCCCCAUUCAAUAACCUUGAACUCUACAUUCCAUUCAUCCGGUGUUGCUACUAGAUGUUUAUAAAAAAAGGUCCAGAUCGGUAUUACCAUUUGGGGGUGUGUCCCUGUGCAGUCUACAGUCCACGUGCAGCACUGAUUGGACAGUGUUGCCUUGUGCAGGGACACACCUCAAACUGGUAAGACCCAUCUGGACCUUUAUUAAUAAACCGAGUAGCAAUUACACGGGCUAUGCAUGAAGCUAUUAAAACAGGCCUGUCAGGAGUGGUGACAGGUCCUCUUUAACAAGGAAAACCACCAUAAUACACUACACAUGCAGCAUUGUUCACUUUAUAGACAAAAUGCAGCAUGCUUUGAAAUAACCUAAAUAUCCUAGUUUUAAAAGCAGUUCUUAAGUCAGGGAGCGAAAUCUUUCAUCUUCGCAGAGCAUCACACGAAAACCUCUUCCCCAACAACCCCUUUGUGAAUUGCGACUAACACUACUUUGUAUUCCAACAAUAGUUUUCCUGAAACAUGAAAGCCAACUUUCGGCGUUGACUUUGGUAUGAGUUAUUAAUAAAUGGUGUAACUAGAGCCGCAUUGCUUACUACCCAUGCUAAGACCCAUUUGGAAGGGUCUAAUAGAAGCCUGCAGAAUGGCCUCUCAGAGGCAUCUUGGAUCGAUACCCCAUGCAUAUGCAGCAACCGACCCUAUGCAUAGCUUAGAGAGAGCUUAAUAUUUCUAGUGAUGAGAAAUGGAAUAAUUAUUGGGGUGUGACUGUUCUGUGACCCCAUCAUCCCAUGUUCUAUUUAAUUGUACCUCAGAAAAUUCAUAAAAAUUGAUAAAUUGUGUUUGUAUAUAUGUUAAUAAAUAUUCUAUCUUAAGCACACAGUGA